UAUCAGAGCUGACGCAUGAACCAAGAACUCUGCUGAAAGACUGUGGUCAUAUUCCUCUCUGCCACCUGUACCAAAUGCCAAACCGAGGAGACACUAUCAAGAGAUCAUAACGAUAAUUGCAAGCCAACAGGGGUGGAUUGAAGGUGCUAUUUUUCUCACUUGCCUCAACUCUGACACACCAGAAUUAGCAGACAACAAACCAGACCAGAGGGGCAAGAGGAGCUUCAUGACUGUUUUCUGGAGAAAGGGAACCAAUAUCUGGCAUUUCUACAAAGCAAAGACAUUCUCCAAGAAGGACCAAGAUCAUACGAAUGAACUGAAGCCAGCUUGAAUGCUUGAGGACAUCAUCAUCACCUAAAAUGGUUUAAAGCAGGCACCUUAAGAAGUGCACUUUUCAGCAAAGAUCUCUAAGCGAAUCAACCUAGCAGCAAAACACAGUUCUUCAACCACACUGAGAAAAAAGAGACAAAACUAUGGAUAUUUUUGGUGGUGCUCCUCGUGUUUUGGGAUAUCCACGCCCUGUGUUGGCAAAGUGUGGCACAGAUGCAACACUACGUUGCCAAAUCGAUGGGGACCCUCGUCCUGAUGUGAUCUGGGAGCGUAAAAAUGUGAGAAUCAAUUCUGAUGGACACUACAAGCUCUCUGAGGAGGGAAAAGCUUACCUGCUGACCAUUACUGGAGUGACCCCACAGGAUGCUGGCCAGUAUAUUUGCAAAGCCAAAAAUAGCAUAGGCGAGACUUAUGCAGCAGCCACCUUGAAAGUGGAAGGAGAGGCCUCAACGCAAGAAGGAGGGCAAAGGCAAAUGGCGGUCAACGGUGUGGCGCAACCAGUGAGGGAGAAUGGUGAGCUCAAAGGACAGCUCAAUGGCUACUGUGCGGUGCAAAAUGGUGAAAAUGGAGAGAGGUUGAAUGGAGAGCACAGAAAGAACAGCAAGUUAAGUGAGGAGGUGGAUCUAAUGUCUGAUGACAAACCGAGAUUCCUCAUUAAGCCUCUCUCUCUGCGUGUGGAUCGCGGAGAAGAUGCCGCCUUCUCCUGCAAAAUCUGGGGUACUCCUCUUCCCGAGGUAACAUGGGAGAAAGACGGGAAGAAGCUGAAUGACAUCUUUGAGAGUGCACACUUCAGCGUGAGCAAUCAAGAUGGCGGCUGGUUCCAGCUCAAGAUCUACAGGACACGAAUGCCAGACAAAGGUGUCUACACCUGCAAGGCCGUCAACUGUAAUGGUGAGGCCUUGGCUGGUGCUGUCCUGCUUGUUGAGCCAGUACCAGAGCGGGAGGAUAGUAAGAAGUCUUCAAGUGGCCAGAAUAGCAGUAAGUGGUCUCCAAAGCACAGGGCGAGUAGGCUCAGUUUGUCCAGGAUUGCAGAGGAACAAUCUGUCAACGCUUCCAAAGCCAAGAAGUUUGCAGUCGCAGAGGGGAAGCAUGCCAAGUUCCGCUGCUUUGUGACUGGGAAGCCCAAGCCAGAGAUCGUUUGGAAGAAAGAUGGGGUUCCCCUUGAGCCUGGGAGGCGUCAUCUGAUAUUUGAGGAUAGAGAGGGAUACUACACACUGAAGGUCCUGUACUGUAAAGUUCAGGAUACAGGACUCUAUGUGUGUGCAGCAUCAAAUGCUCUUGGAAACACACUCAGUGCUGUUCACCUGUCUGUCAAAGGCCCAGCAGUGAGGUUCCGACGUCCACUGAAAGAUGUAGAGGUGAGGGAGAGGGAUGUUGCCGUGCUGGAGUGUGAGGUGCCUGACGAGUCGAUUCCAUCGGCUUGGUACUUAGAGGAUCAGAGGCUGAUGCCAAGCAGUAAGUACGGGAUGGAGCAGAAAGGAACCAGACGGAGACUUACGAUUCAUGAUGUUGGGACGGACGACGAUGGAGUGUAUCUCUGUGAGAUGCCUGAUGGAGCAAAGAGCAUUGCAGAGCUAUCAGUUAAAGGUACUAUUAUUCGUAAACUUCCUCGGAAGCUGGAGGUCCUAGAAGGCGAAAAUGCCGUGUUCUGUGUGGAGGUAGAAAGCGAUGACAUGGAAGUUCACUGGUUUAAAGAUGGUCUAAAGUUACACGAGACGCACCAAACGAUCCUGAAGUCUUUCGGCAAAACUCACAUUCUGGUCUUUGUCAACGUGGCCUAUCAUGACUCUGGGGUGGUUACCUUUGUCACAGGAAGGUCCAAGACCUCAGCGCGUCUCAAAGUGAAAGCUACAAGACACUGCCCUCCUAUCUGUCCUGUCGGAGUCAAAAUGGACGCAGAUCGCCCCAACAGUGCCCUGCUUACCUGGGUUCCAGCCCCCAACAGCCAAACGUCCACCAGAUCCAUCUUUGUCGUGGAGAGACAGGAAGUAGGCUCCCAAGAAUGGCAGAAGUGCUUCACCUCAGAGACCAUGACAACAGCCGAGGUCACUGGGGACAGCGUGCCGUGUGAAGGCAACUACCGUUUCCGUGUCUGUUGCAUCAACAAGUAUGGGCGAAGUGGGCAUGUGGAGUUUCCCAAAGCCGUCCAUCUUGUUCCUGGUCCCAAGAUUCAUAGUAACCUCAAAGCCUGUGAGGUGGUGGAAGGAGAAGAUGCCCACUUCUCCAUUGAACUGUCUGCAACAAUGGUUGGAACCUGGUUUUUAAAUAGUGCCCAACUAAAGCAUGGUGGCCGAUACUCAAUACAGCAAUCCCAAACAAAGCACUCUUUGGUUAUCCAUGAAACUCGCUCUACAGAAGACACAGCAGAGAUCACGUUCAUAGCCAACGGAGUCAGGGAUUCAGCUGCUCUAAAAGUUAAACCUGCUGUGAUAAAAUUCAGUCCUCUGUCAGAGUCGGACAGCAAAAAGAGGGUAGAAAUUGGUGACGCCAUUGUACUCUACUGUGAAGUUUCCCACCCCUUUGCAAAAGUAUCCUGGUUCAAAGAUGGCAAGGAACUUGAAGUGACCGAUGGCCUUAACAUCCAGUCAGAUGGAAACAUGAGGAGAGUUGUGAUUCAGUCGGCUGAUGCAUCUCACUCUGGAGUUUAUUCGUGUGAAACUUCAGGAGAUGUCAUCCAAUUCAAUGUGGAUGUUGCAGGCCCUCCUGUAAAGUUUACCCCCAUCCCAGAGGAGGAACACCAUAAGAGCAGCAUGGAGCUGGACCCCGUGGUGCUGAUGUGCCAUGUCUCUGCUGAUGAUGCUGAAGUUGUUUGGUAUAAGGAUGGCUGUGAAGUUAAGCCCAGUGAUAACAUCACUCUGCAGGCAGAGGGAACAAUGAGAAGAUUGAUCAUCCGCUCUGCAGAGACCUCCGAUGCUGGAAGCUACACCUGCCAGGCAGGAAACAACAGCAUGGAAUUCACUGUUAAUAUAAGAGAACCCCCAGUGAUGAUUGUGGAACCAAAGGAUGAUAUUGUCAUGGAGGGUUACAUCUCAGAGGAGAUCACUUUGCAAUGUGAGCUGUCCCGUUCCAGUGGGAAGGUGCGUUGGUUCAAGGAUGGCCAGGAAGUGGAGGAGAGCAGCAACAUCCAGCUGAUAUCUGAGGGUCCUUACAGGAGGCUGACUAUCCUCAGUGGCUCAGUGGAGGAUGCUGGAGAGUAUGUAUGUGAAACAGACGGAGACUCUGUCUUUUUCCAAGUUACAGUCAAGGAGCAACUAGUUAGAAUAAUUUUCCCCAAGGAAUCAGACUUGGAACUGACCCAUGUGGCCCCUGAGAGGCUCGAGCUCAACUGUGAGAUCUCCCAUGCAGAUGCCCCUGUGCGUUGGUACAAAGACAACCUGGAGGUAGAGGAGGGUGUAAACUUGAUCCUGGAGGUUGAAGGAGCCCAGCGUAGGCUGGUCAUACCUUUUACCACUGUGGAUGAUGCAGGCGAAUAUAUCUGUGACACGGAAGAUGAUUCUGUGGCCUUCCUUGUGACCAUUACAGAGUCACCCGUGACUCUUACUCGUCCUGCGAACAUGCCUGACAAAUUGGACAGUUUAACUGGCAAACCAAUCGUGCUGGAAAUUGAAGUGUCCCGACUAAAUGCUGAGGUCAAGUGGUGGCUAAACGGGAAAGAAAUACAGGAAAGCAGUAACAUAGCUAUCACAGUAGAUGGACUAAUCCAUCGAUUGACUAUCCGCUCUCCCACACCUGAGGAUUCUGGGAAGUACACCUGUGACGCUUUGGAUGAUAAAAUUGAUUUCCAGGUCAAAGUUUCAGAGCCUCCAGUGAAGAUCUUACGAAAGUCAGAGAUAAAGACAAAUAUUAAAUCCCUGAUCUCUGACGACAUUGUGCUGGAGUGUGAGCUGUCCAGAGCCAAUGCUGUUGCCAAGUGGUACAAGGACAGCUAUCGUAUUGAGGGUGAUGAAAGGUUCUGUGAAGAAGAAGAAGGUCCUUUCCGCUCGCUGGUCAUCCUAAAUGCUGAACUAGAAGACUCUGGAGAGUACUUCCUGGAUGUUGGAGAUGACAGCAUCAGCUUCCAGGUUACAGUAGAAGAACCUCCAGUGAGAAUCGUAGGCAACUCCAAUGACCCUGACUACCAGGAGAUGAUGGCAGGGGAUGAGCUCAUCCUGGCAUGUGAAGUUUCUCGCGCCAACGCCCCGGUCCAGUGGUACUGCAAUGACUGCCUGCUCUCCAAUGACUCCCGUACCUACAUAGAGACCUACGGCACCUUGAGGAAAAUUAUCAUCUCAAACAUCCAGCCAUCAGAUUCUGGGAAAUAUGUGUGUGAUGCAGUGGAUGACAAGAUGAUUAGCAUUGUCAGGAUUCAAGAGUCUCCGGUUACGUUUGUGAACAAGCAAGAUGACAUUGUUAUUACGGGUUAUGAGGCAGAAAGUGUGACCUUGAUGAGCUAUGUGUCAAAGGAAAAUGCUUUAGUACGUUGGCUGAAAGACUGGACACCUGUGGAAGGCGAGCGUUUCCAAGCACUCACCGAUGGUCACGAGCGCACCCUUACUAUUGACCCUUUGAGGCGCUCUGAUGCUGGCGAGUACACCUGUGACGUGAACACAGACCAGGUCCAUUUCAGCUUGCUUGUGAAAGAAAUGAGAAUAAAGUUUGUGAGUCCUCUGCGAGACACUGUGGCCCAUGCUGACGGUAUGGUGACCCUCCGCUGUCACGUGUGCAAGCCAAAAGCAGACGUCCAGUGGCUACUUAAUGGCUUGGAGAUAGUUCCAAGCAGAAGGUUCUCCAUAAGAGCGGAUGGAGUUGAGCGAAGCUUGACUAUCCACCGUUUAACCAGAGAGGACUCUGGGGAGUACGCUUGCGAGUCCAGAGAUGAUCGGACCACAGCAAUUCUGAGAGUAGAGAUGCCUCGAGUGGUGGAGUUCCUGACGGAGCUCCACAACACCACUGUUCUUGAAGGAGAAGAUGCCACUUUCAAGUGUGUGGUUUCCCCUGAGGAUGUCCAGUUGGUUUGGCUCAUGGACAAUGAGCCUAUCAACCUUGGUGAUCGUUUCCAGGCAAGCCAGAACGGACUGUGUCACACCUUGGUGAUCAAAAAGUGCCAGAUGUUGGACUGCUCGAGGAUUACAGCAGAGGCUGAGGGACACAUCAGCAAAGCAAGCCUCAAAGUUCAAGAGGCUCAAGUCAUGUUUACCAAGAAAAUGGAGGCUGUUAUGGCAGAAGAGUUUUGCGAUGCUACUCUGGAGACAGAGAUCAGCCUUGAGACGGGAGAAGUCCAGUGGAUGAGGCAAGGGGUGGUCAUCCAGCCAGGUCCAAGGUACAUCCUGGCUCAGAAUGGUUGUAAACGCAGUUUGACAAUCCUGAACCUGACGCUGGCCGACCGGGGAACCUACCGCUGUGAGACCCUGCAUGACCGGGCACAGGUCAAGCUCAAUGUGGAACCUCGCAAAAUCUCCAUCCGCAAAGGCCUAACUGACCAGGAAACCUUUGAAAGAGAGACAGCCUCCUUCGAGGUGGAGCUCUCCCACACAGAUGUGGAGGGAAUUUGGCAGAAGGAUGGCAUCCGUGUGAAACCAAACAACCAGUUUCGGGUGAGCACUAACGGGCUAGUCCAUGGCCUUACCCUGUCAAACCUAACCCUGGAGGACACAGGCACAAUUGUCUUCUCAGCUGAAGGGGUACGCACGACUGCGAGGCUCACUGUCAAAGAGACUCCGGUAUCCAUCCUGAAACCACUAUCAGAUGUCCGUGUAGAGGAGGAAUUCCCUGCCACUCUUGAGUGUGAAUUCUCCAGACAAAUAGUUGAGGUUAAAUGGUUUAAGAACGGGACGGAGCUGAAGCCUGGAAAGAACUAUCGGAUCUACUCCAUGGGCCGAAAGCGGUUCUGUCAAAUCAUGCAGUGCUCCCUGGCUGACUCUGGCACCUACAUGUGUGAUACAGGGGAAAUAAACACAUCCUGUACACUGGAGGUUUAUGAGCACAAGUUGGAGUUAGUGCAGGACCUGGAGGAUCUUUACAUCCAGGAGGACCAAAAUGCUGUCUUCAUGUGUGAAGUUUCUCUGGAAGAUGUUGCCGGGGAGUGGUUCAAAGAUGGCCACAAGAUCCGGCCGACUAGUACCAUCAAAAUCCGCACUGAAGGGACCAAACAUUUCCUACUGAUGUGUAAUGUGACAGCUGAGGAUGCUGGGGAAAUCCGCUUUGUAGCCAGGGAUGUUGAAUCCACAGCAUACCUUGAAGUCGAGGAACUUCCUGUCUCCAUCGUAAAACCUCUGCGAGAUCGAACAGCCCUGGAGAAACAUCGUGUGAUCCUUGAAUGCACUAUUUCCACACCUCGUUGCGAAGCCACCUGGUAUAAGGGCAAUGAGGAGGUGGUUCCCUCAGAUCGGAUUGAAAUCCUGGCUGAUGGAUGCUCACAUAAACUGGUGAUCCUGCAGGCGGCUGUGGAGGAUGAAGGCACAUACAGCAUCGAGGUUGGAGAGCACACGUGCAAAGCCAAACUGAUGGUAGAAGCCCAAGCGCUCGUAAUGGUCAAAGAGCUGGAAGAUGAGGAGGUUAUUGAGUCUGAGCCAGCAUGUUUCCAGUGCGAGGUGUCUGUUGCCAUAAACAAGCCCCCCGUUUGGACUCUGAAUGGAGAAACCCUACAAGCGGGCCCCUUCGUCCGUGUGGAAAACCGUGGGACGGUCCACAAACUCACCCUGAAAAACACCAGUGUGGACAUGAGUGGGGUAGUGAAGUUUACCAUGGGCAAAGCCAAGAGCAGCGCCAUGCUCACUGUAAUGGAAAAGUGAAGAAAAAGACAGGAAAGCAAGUGAAUCUGAUGGAGAAGAGAAAAGAAGGACUGCUAAAAUGGGAAAGUUUUAGUUCAAAUUGAAGGUACUUGGAGAUACCUGAAGCAUUUUACUUCAGAUAAGAUACUCUUUUUUACAGUGUAGGAUAUAUUUAUUUGCCUGAUUAAGUUUUCUAAUGUACUUUUUGUUCCUUUAUUUGAGUGAACAAUCCAAAAUAAAUCUCAAGUGGUACAAUUACAAUUA